AUGGGGACGACUCUGGGAAAGCCAUUUGCCGGUUUUUUUCACCAAGAAGAAGCGAGGAUCGUGUUGUUUGGUCUCGGCGGUACCGGAAAAUCAUCAAUAAUGCACAAAUUCAAAACCGGAGAAACCCUUACCACAACCAUGCCUACUGUUGGAUUGAAUGUGGAAAGUGUAAAAUACAAGGAUUCAAACUUAUGCUUUUGGGAAAUGGGCGGCCAACAAUGUUACAUGAUACAAGGGAGUGUACCGGACAAUGCGCCUGUUCUUGUAUAUGGAAACAAGCAUGAAGUUCCUGGUGCUAUGUCUGCUUCUGAGAUCAGUAACAAGCUAGAUCUCACUAGUCUUCGUAAAAAAAACUGGCAGAGAAACUGGUAAGAAAAUAAGAAAACCUUACAAGACUAUAACUUUGCGAAUAGGAUUGAUUCUUCUGAUGAUCUGACUUUUGACUUUCGCUUGCUAGGCAUGUCCAGAGCUCAUGUGCAUUCUCUGGUGAUGGUUUACAUGAAGGACUCGACUGGCUGUUGAAAAAUGCUGAAAGAAUGUAAGAACGAGUCCUGAUUUUUAACGCGGAAUCUCUGUACCGAAAAUAGCCAUCUUCUGUAACAAGUUAUUAACCUCAUCGUGCUUAUUCGCUAGCUCCAACAACAACUUGAUCCUUUUAAGCGAGAAAUUACUCGGUCUAUGACCUUUCUUAACCAUCUCAAGCAAACAUUUCUCAGCUUCUUCGACUUUAGCCAAGUCACAAAGCAAAUCCAAAAG